CAGGCGCCAUGUUUGUUUGGGACAGUUCAGUACAGUGAUCCGCUGAAGCUGCGCCAGCUGGUCGAUCUGUAACUGGAACAGCAAACACUGUCCGAGGAUCUGAACUAAAACAAGCCCUGAUCUGACCUCGGUCCCUUUCUGCACUUUGGGGCUGGACAUGAUGGAUCUCAGCCUGGGCCGCUGCCUCGUCCUGGCUGUGUGUGUGUGUGCGCUUGUGAGGGGAGAUGUUGAUGAUGGACACACCGCUGCGGCGGCUCCUGGAGCUCCGGUGCGUUUGUCCGACUCGGACCCAGGACUUCUGACAGCACUGAAAUUCGCUGAAGAGCGCUACAACAUGCUGUCUAACGGAAUGCACAUCCGCAGAGUCAGCAAAAUAAUAUCUGCUACCAGACAGCUUGUUAAGGGAGUGAGAUACAGCAUCACUGUAGAAAUUGGACGAACUCAGUGUAAGAAGUCUGCAGAAUUGCAUGUUACUGAAGACUGUGAAUUUUUCCAAGAGUCACACAAACUGAAGACAGAGGUGUGUUUGUUUGAAGUGUGGAACAUUCCCUGGGAGAACAAGUCCACUCUGCUCAAACAGAAAUGCCAGCCUGCAGUUCCAAAGGAGACUAAAAAGGUUGUGAGCAUCCCUCUCUCUCGUGACAAGCCCACCCAGGAAACUGUAGACCUUCUGAUGCAGUUCAAAGACUUCAUGGUCAAGUACAACCGGACAUACACCUCUCAGGAAGAGGCUGAGAAGCGUCUGCGUAUUUUCCAGGAGAAUCUGAAAACAGCACAGACCCUGCAGGCUCUGGACCAGGGAACAGCGGAGUAUGGAGUUACCAAAUUCAGCGACCUGACAGAGGAUGAGUUCAGAAUGAUGUACCUGAACCCCAUGUUGAGUCAGUGGAGCCUGCAGAAACAGAUGAAGCUAGCAGUUCCUGUGAGUAAGGCAGCUCCAGACAGCUGGGACUGGAGAGAUCACGGAGCUGUCAGUAGUGUCAAGAACCAGGGCUUUUGUGGCUCUUGCUGGGCUUUCUCUGUCACUGGGAACAUUGAAGGUCAGUGGUUCAAGAAAACUGGACAACUGCUGUCCCUCUCAGAGCAAGAGUUGGUGGACUGUGAUAAGCUGGAUCAAGCAUGCGGCGGCGGGCUUCCAUCCAAUGCAUAUGAAGCUAUUGAAAACCUUGGCGGUCUUGAGACAGAGACAGACUACAGCUACACAGGACACAAGCAGGUGUGUGAGUUCUCCUCUGGGAAAGUGGUGGCCUACAUCAACAGCUCUGUAGAACUGCCCAAGGAUGAAAACGAUAUUGCUGCUUGGCUGGCUGAGAAUGGCCCUGUCUCUGCUGCCCUCAAUGCUUUUGCCAUGCAGUUCUACAGAAAGGGAGUGUCUCACCCUCUGAAGAUUCUUUGCAACCCCUGGAUGAUCGAUCACGCAGUGCUGCUUGUCGGAUAUGGAGAACGAAACGGCGUUCCAUUCUGGGCCAUUAAGAACAGUUGGGGAGAAGACUAUGGCGAGCAGGGUUACUAUUACCUGUACAGAGGGUCCAGUCUGUGUGGAAUUAACAAGAUGUGUUCGUCUGCGGUGAUUAACUAGGAGCAUAUGCGAGCACACACACACAUUAGUUAACAAGGAUAUAGUUCAUUUGUAGUGAAGAUACAUGACCACACAUACAAAACCACGCAUAAACGCACAAAAAAAUAUUUGCAGUGUUCUAACCUGUUGAAUCUGUGACCUGUGAAGUGGUCAAGUAUUCACUCUAUAUCAUUCAUUGCUAUAACUCUUGAGUUUAGAAUAAGACACCACAGAUACAAAAUGACAUAGAGGCAUGAAGUGUCAGUACCUCAUAUAACCUCCAUUUCCGUUACAAACAUCACAUGCAACAUCUCUGAGCCUGUUACUGUGACACGAAGCUUCAGAUCAUUACAUUAGACCCUUACACUGGUGUUUUAUCAUAAUUGCAUUAUAAUUUAAGUACUAUGAAACUAAUAUUUGAGUAAUAGUAUUAGAAUUGUUGCUGUGAAAUUAAUAUUAAUUAAUAUUUGCUAAUUGAUUUUGAUGUUUAUUGUGGUGAUACGUUGGGAGUCCUAAUUGGAUGUGUUUGACUACUGAUUUUGGAAGCUGCUCACCACAUAACAAUGAAUACUUUUGCAUUUUAUUCAUGUUUUUAAAUAAUAUUAAUUAGUAGUGCUAGUUUAAGAGUAGUUUUUCAUUGUAAUUUUGAUUUAGAAUCAGAUAACUAUGCUCCCAAGAAACAGAAAUUAUUUUCCUCUCAGUUUGAAGUGUACAUAACGCACUACAUCAAACAUAUUCAAGAUUAUUAUUCAUGAUGGCACAGAAAGUGCAGCAGAAUUUGUUAACUAAUUUGUUCAUUGUCAAAGGUAUAAUUUGAAUCUUUUGAGAUAAUUUCUGCUUCUUGCAUGGUUUCAGAGAUCCUUCCUCCUUGGUCAUCUUCUUGGUCAAUCUGCUGAAUAAACUCACUAAAUUCCCA